AUGGACAAAAUAAGGAGGACUAUGGCGAAGGGCAGGGUGCUAGCCGGGGCAAACACGAGGAGCAAGUACGCGGGUCUAGAUAUUGCAAAGAAGUUGGGGUUUCCCUUCGUACACAAGCUUUUCCUCGCGGAACAGCGGUUGCAGCCGACGUCGGAGGUCCCAAUGGUGUUCAUGAUGACAGUACAAGGCCGGGGGUCAGGCCUGCACGUCGCUAGAGAGAUGAGCGUUCCGGGGAGCGACUUGUACUUUAGAACAGCUUAUCUGGACGCCCAAAAGGUCACCGCGGAAGACGAGGUGUUGACGCGGUUAAGCACGUACUCCCACGUCCAGAGGAGGAUGCUAACGAUCGCGUCGGCGCUGAUAGAGUCGGAGAGCAAGAAGAACAUGGUUGCGUUCAUGAAGGAGCUGAAAAAGAUCUGCCUUACCGGCUCGCCUGCGGGAGGGGAAGAUGGGGAGGGUUUCUGGAAGGCAAUCGCGCCAUUCGCGCUGGAUUUCUGGAGGUUGUGCUCUGACGCUGCGGAGGGGCCUGCGGCAGCGUACAGAGCGGUUGUCUCUAGCGGGGAAGGUCGGGGGGCGCUCGUCCAAUGCAAGAUGCACUUUAAAAAUGACCUGAGGAAUGCGGAGCAAAACCUGCCGGAGGACUUGCGAGGUCACCACAGGUCCUUGGUGAGGAUGUGGUUGGUGUCCGAGAUGGACGAGCAGUGGAAGUCGAGGUUCCACGCUCUGCUGGACUGGCACGAAGCAAAGUUACAGAGCAACAAAACGGCGAAAAGGAAAAUGUGCAACUGGGCGGCAUUCUGGAGGUUCAAGUCCAAGGAGCUGAAGGCGUGGUCGAUGCCUGAGAACGUGAAAUUUCUGGAGGAGGAGUGGGUGGCAGUGAAUCCGUCCGCUAAUUUGGCCGAGAUCGUAAACGCCAUCUUCUGGUUCUUGGUGGGAGGGAAAGGGCCGUAUCUACCAAGGGGGGAGGUGAUUCUGAACGAGGGAACGGGUGGCGUGUUGCAAAUCGCGCGAACAGUGGAAUUCGAGGAGACGGGCUACACGGAGCAGGGCCCGACGUUAGAAGAUUUGCGAGCGAGGGGGGAAGAGAGGAGAAAAAGCGUGGAAACGCAACGGGAUAACGCUCGGCGAAUGUCAGGAGCAGCCUUAGGAGAUGCGGCAAGAGGGGCCGGUCUAGCGACCGGGACGGUUGGGGGUGGGGUGAGGAACGUGGUGUCAAAAACGGCGUGGGCGGCAUCAAGUCCAGGUUCCGCGGGGGUGGAAAGCACGCACAGACAUGAUCGGGUCUUAAAGGAAGUGGAUGACAGAACGAGGGAGAAGGGAAAAGGGAAGCAAUCCGGAGCAGAGGAGGGUGGAGAGGACGGAGGGGUCAAGGGCAGCAGAUAUUACGAGGAGCUAGCAAUUGAAAUUUCGGAGGGGAAAAAGAAGCUGGAAGAUCUACCGCUGGAAGAGAGAGAGCGUGUAAUUGAAUUGCAGAGGAUGGCUGCCGCUGGAGCAGCUAGGGGGGCGGGGGGAGCAAGACCGCAACCAGCCGAGACACCGGGCCCAAGUAAUGCAAAUACGCAGCAGACUGGGGGUCAGGCUGCAGAAGCAGCUGGCCCUAGUGCUCCUAGAAGGGAAGAUGAGCCGCGAGAAGCGGAGGCAGCUGGGCCUAGACAGUAUGAAAGAGAGGACGAGGACGAGGUGAUGGGAGAGGGUGGAGAAAGAAGUACGGAUGCGAUAGAGGUGGAUGAUGACGCCGAAGAAGAGCUAAUCCGGAGAAGAGCAGUAAAGCGGCUGCGAGAAAAAAAUAUGGCGAGAAAGGCGUCCUGGUCGGAUGAAUUCGGAGCUGAGGGCUCGGAAAGGGGGGGUGCGAAAGGAGGGGGUACGAAGACGGGGUCAGAGAGCGUGGCACUGCCAGGGGACGAGAAAUACGAGGAAGGAGAAUGGGGGGUUUGUCGACUGAAGAAAGGAGAUGGCUCAGGGUGCGUCGGGGUAAGAAUUGGCGGCGGAAGAUGCGAAACGACGAGCUUUGAAGCCAAGAGGUAUCACGGAGCUUCGGGGGUGUUGGUGUUGAUGCGGCAAGCGUUUCGCCACUUCGGCCUACAAAACAGGCAGGGAGAGUACGAGAACACGGGCAUGAAAUACAUGUCUUACGCGAAGAUGUGCAUUGACGGCCCGUGCGACAGUCGCCAAGGAAGCAACAAAAGUCUCGUGGACAAGACGACGCCGGAAAAGGGGAACGAGGUGGUAAUUUUCGAGGGGACUCUCCUGAAUGACGCGGAACUGGCAUGGCUGCGACAAGCGGGGUGGAAAGUAAACCCGUUCUACAUCAUCAGCCUACCAAAAAGUCC